AUGGGAAAUUUUGAUCCCCUUUUCUUUCCUCUCCCCCCCCGGUUAUGGUUCAGGAAAGGGUCAACGCAAGGAUCUUACUUCGAAGCAAUCUCUGGAGUUUUCCCUUAUCCGAACGGGUCUUGCAAAAAAAUAGGAUUUCAUAUUGAGCUCCAAAUAAACGCUAUUGGGAUAGGAUGGUUCCUACUAGCUCUCCCCCCUAAGAACCGCACGUGCGAGUUCCCCCGCAUACGGCUCAAGUGGCGAAGGUUCGCGCAUCCUCUUGCUGGGAGAGAGGAACGAAUCCUUCGCGCUUGGUCGACCCCAUGGCAGCAAGAAAAAAAAGGCGAUCUUGUGCUAUACUCCGGUGAUCUCUUUCCUACCGAGGCACGCAAACCCCCAUCGUGUCCCAGAUCACAUUCCGUAAAUCGAAAGGGGAAGCCUACUCAUCCAUCAGCUCCUCUCGUAGAUCGGUGCGGUUUUACGAAGCGUCUAAGCACAGUUCACUCGCGUUGA